UAGAAAUGUUUUUGAAACAGGUCAGUCUAUAUUGCUGCAGCGUUUUUUAAAAACCGUUUAUAUCUCUCUGAUCAAGCAGCGCCUCAGUCUCAGUCACUUUAAGAGGAGUGGACUUCAACUCCCAGAAUUCCCAGCCAGGUUGGAGAAUUCUGAGCAGUGAAAUUCACCUCUCUUAAAGUAGCUGCGGUUGAGAAGCACUGUCAAAAACAUAACGAGGAAAGGUGUAAGGGAGUUUGAACUCAAGAAGUUCAAAAUCGAUUGCAUAAAUUUCUGCAAAACUUAUGUUCUGGCCCAGAUUCAUAAUGAUGAUUAAUUUUUUUAGUAUUUUAGCACAAUUUAAAGUCACAUUCAGCUUUUUAAGUUUGAGGGUUUUUUUUGCCAGUGACAACCUGCACCGCGGGGUAAAACCAAUAAUAAAUCAACAUCGUUCGGAAUCAUUACGCCAAGAGCUGUAUUCAAAAACAGCAAAAUUAUUCAUCGCCACACAAAACGAGGGGCGGACACGGUUCUUGAAAAGGGCCCAUUGCCGUCACCGUCUUUUAAACAAAAGAAGAGGAAUAAUACCAAGAAGUUCCGGAAAGACCCAUCAUAUACAUAAUCCCCGGAGCAGGGGGAAAAGAAUGGCAGUUACUUCUGCGCAUGCGUUCAAGGCCGAGCGACAGAGUCUGACUGACAUCUCUAGGCGUAGGGAGAAAGACGAUAGAGGCGCGCUUGCGCGGUACCUUCAAUCAGAUGACUUUGAUGAAUUUACAUUCAAUAAUGAUGAUAUCAUUCUCAGAAGUAUUGCUGAAGAUAUUCGACAUCGUUUGCCUGUUGGAGCAGUGCUCAAUUCAGAGCAUAAUGCUAUUCAAAAACUUCAUGAACAGACAGUACCCACCAUUCAUGUUGAUGCUUUCCUUUAUGAUGAUGAUUGUAUUGACUCUUUAUGUGAAGAAGGAAAGAUGAGCAGAAAUUAUUGUCUAGCAUGUGGCUCUCAUCAGACAGCACCAUUAGAAUUCAUUUCCCAUUCCUUUUCCCUUGUGGAACUGAAGUUCCUGUACCAGGAAGUAUUGCCUGACCUGACAGGGAAGGUUCUGGUUGACGUGGGCUCCAGGCUUGGAGCAGUCCUGUUUGGGGCCUACUAUUAUAGUUCAGCAUCCCAGAUCUAUGGAGUUGAGAUGAACGGAGACUUUUGCCAGUUGCAGGAAACUAUCAUUUCAAAGUAUCGACUUGACGACAGAAUAAAGGUGAUUAAUGCAGAUAUUUGUACUCAAGCUUCACUUCUUCAAAAUGCAGACAUUGUUGUAAUGAAUAAUGUCUUUGAAUAUUUCCUUGACAGAUCAGAACAGGCUAGAGCAUGGAAAAUCAUAAGUCAAAAUGUAAGAAAGCCAGGGUCUUUAUUAGUGACUGUCCCAAGCCUUGAAAAGUCUCUCUCAGAGCUUCAGGUGGACAUUCAGCUCAGCCAGUGGGUAAAAGCAGUACCAGUGCAAUAUGAUGAAUUCUUAGAAGAUGCUGAUAGAGAAGCACUUAAAGAAAUUUACUUGUACAGAAUUCUAUAGCAUACAAAAUAUGUACAUUUGCAUCAAGUGCUUUUUAAAUAAAAAAGAACAUUUUAAAGAAUGUUAGUUUGUUAAAUUUUGUUAUGAACUGCCUUUGAAAAUAAUAUGGAAAAUCAGUGAUGCAUUUUGGUAAAUAAUCAUGAAGGCGUUAAAAAAGAACCUCCCUGGUUUAUUUCUAGUGAGGGUUUAUUUAUUUAUUUUAUUUUAUUAACUUGUAUGCCGUCCACUCUCGGAAGACUCAGGGCGGCUAGUUAAAGAACUGGAAAUGCUGCAUUUGCCAUACUUUACAACAUAUCGUUCCUUCUCUUUCAUUUAUAUUUUUUCUUCGCAUUUAAAUGUGGUACAUAGUUGUACAAUCAUUCCAGGACUUCUUGCCUGCAUGAGGUACGUGUUUUCUGUACAGCAAGCAUCUUUUAAUUAAUUUCUUAACUUACAUGAAAAUAUAUGUUUGCUUAGGUUUGGAUCAACCAAACAUGAACCAUCGCUUGUGACAGGAAUUAAUUUACCAACUUGUCACAUUAUGGGUUGACAGGGAUUAGUCUGAAGUCAUCCAGAUGACUGUCAUGACAAAGGCAGGACUUGAACUGUACUAGUAGACCAAACUGACUGUCCAUUGCCAACAAUAGCUGAAUUGUAAGUCCCCCCGAGUCAUUCCUUGAGAUAGAUGGAUGGAUGAAUUAAAUAGAAAGAUUCUUCCAAAUCCAGAGCGCUACAAUUGUCACUCCAGCUUGACUAAAGUUGAAUGAGCUCUGUAGAACUGUAUCAGCAACUCCUGCAGCAGUCUGAACUUUCUGAGUUGAUUCUAGAAGAACAUUCUUUGUUGUGACUUUUUAAUGAUGGUUUUAAUACUAGGUGUCCAUUUCAAAUCCAGGGAGACUAUAGAACCCAGAAAUUUGAAGGUCCCCACUGUUGACACUGUGUUAUCUAAUGUAGUAAGAUGUGGUAGAAUAGGAGGGCUCCUUUUAAAAUCCAGUUUCAUUUCUACAGUUUUAAGGAUGUUCAGCUCGAUUGUUCUGGCUGCACCACAGGGCCAGUUAUUCAACUUCCCAUCUACCUGCAAACUCAUCACUCUCUCAAAUGAAACCAAUGAUUAUUGUGUCAUCAGGAUAGGUUGCUAUUACGCUUUUAUAAUAUACAUAGGUUACAAUAACAUAAGAUAUACAUUCUUUAAGAAAUGACAAAUAUAUUAAUAAAUGAAACCAACAGUCCAUAUUUUUAUUAUUCAUUGCAUAAAACAAAAGAUCUCAAAUAUUGUAUAGCUUUAUUUAAUAGGUUGUAGUGAAGUCUACUGUACUUAAAGAGCUAUUUAUAAGUUACCACUAGAUGGCAUUCAAUAUCUUCGGUUAAGGAUUAUUUAUAAAGGUAGCCCUAACCUUCGUUGAAUUUUUGUCUCAAUUAACUUUUUGUUUGUGUAAACCCAAGCCUCCAUUAAAGCAGGUACUAAUCAUUUGUUGAGUAUCCACCAAAUAAAUAUUGUGCUUUAUUGUCAAACCAGUGGUGGGAAAGACAAUUGUCCUUUACUUUAUAACUAUUAAUACAAACAUAUCAAUUCGUAGAGAAUAAAACAAAAUAUAUCAUUGACACAUUCACACUUUGAUUUAACCAUUAUUUAUUGAAUAAAUUAAACUGGCUGGUUUACUUAAUUGCCAUAAUUCAUGGAAACACCCCCCUAAAGGCAGGGGUCAACAACACACAAGCCCAAACCAAAUGAAUCAAUUAAAUGAAUCAAUUAUGGCUUAGUAAGAUAUAUCUGUCAAGGGAAUCAUAUCACAAAAGUGCUAUUAUAUUUGUAUCCUGUUUUGGGGGUUUCCGUUGUCAAGAAAAAGGAGGACAAAAAUAAGAAAAGUGGAAGAGCUAUUGUAGUCAUCAGGGUCAUUCUGGUAACUUCAAAUUAAAGCAUCUCUGAAUUGGCUAUCCAAUUUAUUGGAUAAAAUUUAGUUACCUAAUGAGCUCAUACAAUCGAGAUUUUGCUCUACUGUCACCUGUUUUUGAAGUGCAUCUUCCCUAUAUUCCCAUUAAGACCAAGUGCAAUUCUUGGCUGAAAACAUUUAUGUACUCCUGUCAUGCCUGGUAUGGAAAAAAAAACCUUUCACAUUAUAUUCUUCAGAAUGCUGGUAUUUUGUGAAACAGUAAUAGGUUUUUCAAACAGAAGAACUGUAGUUAAGAGAAGCCUCUGUCCUGUCUUCCAAUGCAUAAGCAUAAAUAAGUUUUGGAAAUUAGAGAUCACAUUUUUAAUUCAUUAAAGACUAAAGGUGUCCCACAAAUGAACAGUGCAACUUUACUCUGUAUUAAAAUGCUCCUGAAAUAUACAGACAAUAUGUAUAAAUUGCUCAAUAUGUUGGUAGAAACCACCAUAGAAAGUAUUUCCUCAGCUAAGAAAAAAAAUGAAAAAAGUCCAUCGAAGAAUCUCAUAAUAUUCAGAUCCAUGAGGUGUCAAAAUAUGGAUAUCGAAUGCAACAGUGUCACCUACCAGGUAGAAGUACUUUCCAUACUAUAAUCCACUUUUCUUAUUGUAUUUAGUAAGUAUAAUCUUUAUUGUCAUUGUAUUUAAAUACAAUGAAAUUGGUUAUAUUUAUACCCUGAAUUACCGUACUUUCCCCUCAAAAAAUAUGUCUUUGCUCAUCUCUGUAACUUUAUGCCAGAAAACACUUUUAGACAUGUUGUCAUUAUUUCAGAAAAAAAAAUCUGUUUUAUAACAAAAAUAUACUGUUCUAUAUUUUCUUAUUUUACCUCAUUUAUAUUUCAUUCUUCCCUCAAGGAACUGAGCAAGCACAUUUUAAUCUCACAACAUUUUAAGGCAUUAGGUUAGGAAGACAGACUAGGAUCUAUCAAUAGAACUACUUACAGAACUACAGUGGAAAAACAAAGAAGAUUGUGCAAUUUUAAAAUCCAUCUUCCUCAUACCUAUGGAGUGGAGUACAUCUGUAGGUAUCAAGCCAAACAACGAAUUAUUACUACUAUCUCAAACAAGAUCCAAUCAAACUGGGUGCAGUCAACUGAUUAAUACAUUUAACAAGAUAAUAAAUCAGAACCCAAAAGUCUAUGAUUGUGACUUUUGACUAACAGCUCAUUCACUUUAAAAGUCACUGAAAUGGCAGCCUUUUUAUGGUGAUGGAGAGUGUUUAUCUAAUUAAUUAACUAAUUUUUAGUUUUAAAUUGCCAAAGGAAGCAUUCUAAUGGGCCAUGCUAUUGUUUCAAGUUGCAAAGAAAGCCUUCAUUUUUUCCUAUGUUGUUAAACAGGUUUUUAUUACAAGUGUUUCUCUCAUGUCUUAACGAUUAGUCUUUUUAUAAAUAUCAUUGUGGAAUUUACCAUAAUUUUUUACAUCAAUAAAAGUCCUGAGUUCUAGACCCUAUCAGUUUACCUUGCAAAUCAUUUUUGCAAAUAGUGUGAACAAAUGAUUGGGACAAGAAUGCUACUUUGGGAAUAAUAAUAAUGCCUAUCAGUAGCAGUAUAAUAAUACUUUCUAUUUACAUAUUUUUCAAAUUUAUU